GCUUAACCUUUAGUGAGUGCACGUAUUGGUUGAUGGGAAGUGAGGCGGAGCGCACUGCGCAUGCGCGACUCCGAGCCACUGACUGAGACGGAAGACUGCGGAGUGUCUCCGCUUACUGCGAACCGCGAGAAAACCUCAAGAAAAGUGCAGGAAAACCAGCAGAACCUCUCAAAAGAAGCAUCUCUGAAGGGUCAGGUCAGGUCAGAAGCAUGUCAGGGUUUCUGGACGGGAUCAGAUGUGGUGAUUGCGAGUGUAAUGUGGACUGGGGUGAGAAGAGAAACACCAUCGCCUCCAUCGCAGCUGGAGUUCUGUUUUUCACAGGCUGGUGGAUCAUCAUCGAUGCGGCAAUAAUGUACCCUAAAGAGGAACAGUUCCACCACGCAUAUCAUACCUGUGGGGUUAUAGCAACUAUAGCCUUCCUCAUGAUCAAUGCGGUGUCAAAUGGCCAGGUGAGGGGCGACAGCUACAGCGACGGCUGCUUGGGACAGACAGGUGCCAGAGUUUGGCUCUUCAUCGGCUUCAUGCUGGCGUUCGGGUCUCUCAUCGCCUCUAUGUGGAUUCUGUUCGGUGGUUACUGAUUUAGCCUUUUAUAGAAAAAGAUCAUUCAUGUUUCUAUCAGUAUACAUUCACUCAUUUUUCUAUCAUCAUACAUUAUCAUAUAUUAA